UCCUGGGGUCGGCGACCGCCUGGCGUGGGGCUCCUCGACUGUACGGGAGGACGGAUCUUUCUUCCGCAGCCUGUCGGAGGUCCCCUAUCGGCUUGCCACCAUGAGUAGCGAAUUCUUGGCGGAGCUGCACUGGGACGAUGGGUUUGCUAUACCGGUGGCAAAUGAGGAGAACAAGAUACUGGAAGAUGAGUUGUCAAAGCUGCAAGAGGAAAGGUCGAGCUUGCAAGACCAGCUACGUGACUAUGAAGAUCGAAUUAAUGCUAUGACUUCUCACUUCAAAAAUGUUAGGCAAGAAUUUUCAUUUACACAGUCUCUUUGUAAAGCUAGGGAGCAUGAGAUUGAAAGUGAAGAACAUUUUAAGAUCAUUGCUGAAAGAGAACUGGGACGAGUGAAGGAUGAAAUCCAACGACUGGAAAAUGAAAUGGCUUCAAUACGGGAAAAGAAAAGUGAUAAGGAAAACAACAUAUUUAAAACUACUCAAAAAUUGGAUGGUUUGAAAUGUCAGAUGAACUGGGACCAGCAAGCAUUGGAAGCCUGGUUAGAAGAAUCAGCUCAUAAAGAUAGUGAUGCCCUCACUCUUCAGAAGUAUGCACAACAAGAUGAUAAUAAAAUUAGGGCAUUGACCCUGCAAUUAGAAAGACUGACUUUGGAAUGUCAUCAGAGAAGAAAGGUACUUGACAACGAACUUACAGAGACUCUAAGUGCACAGUUAGAAUUGGAUAAAGCGGCACAAGAUUUUCGUAAGAUUCAUAAUGAAAGACAAGAACUCAUUAAACAGUGGGAGAACACAAUAGAACAGAUGCAGAAGAGAGAUCGAGACAUUGAUAACGGUGCCUUGGCAUUAACAAGGAUAAAGCAGGAAAUACGAGAAAAAGAAAAUUUGGUUAAAGAAAAGAUCAAGUUUUUGGAAAAUGAGAUUGGGAAUAACACAGAAUAUGAGAAAAGAAUUUCUGUUGCUGAUCGUAAACUUUUAAAAUGUAGAAUGGAGUAUCAGCGUCAUGAAACAAACAGAAGUCAGCUGAAAGAUGAGCUGGAUUCUUUAAAAGCCACGGUGAAUAGAAGUUCCAGUGAUUUAGAAGGUAUAAGGAGAAAUAUUUCCAAAAUAAAGAAGGACAUUCAUGAAGAAACAGCAAGGUUACAGAAAAUUAAAAAUCAUAAUCAGAUUGUGAGAAAAAAAUUAAAGCAGAUAACUGAGAAAACAAUGUCUGUAGAAGAGAAAGCUACCAAUUUGGAAGAUAUGCUAAGGGAGGAGGAAAAAAAUGUAAAGGAAGUGGAAGUUCAGUUGAACAUAGUGAAAGAGGUGCUAUUUAAGAAAGUUCAGGAAUUACAGACUGAGACAAUGAAAGAAAAAGCUGUUGUAUCAGAAAUCGAAGGAACUCGGUCCUCUCUAAAGCACCUCAACCAUCAGUUACAUAAACUGGAUUUUGAAACCUUGAAGCAGCAAGAAAUUAUGUACAGUCAGGAUUUUUACAUUCAACAAGUGGAACGCCGAAUGUCACGGUUAAAAGGAGAGAUUAAUUCAGAAGAAAAACAAGCCCUUGAAACAAAAAUUGUUGAACUUAAAAAGAUGUUGGAAGAGAAAAAAUCUACAUUUGGCCUUUUGGAAACACAGAUCAAGAAACUUCAUAAUGAUCUUUACUUUAUCAAGAAGUCAAAUAGUAAAAAUUGUGAUGAAAAACAGUUCCUCAUGACCAAAAUAAAUGAACUAAACCUUUUCAAUGACAGAUCAGAGAAAGAACUUAAUAAAACCAGAGCUUUGAAACAGGAUUUGAUGAUAGAAGAUAAUCUUUUAAAACUUGAAGUUAAACGUACUCGAGAAAUGCUUCACAGUAAGGCAGAAGAAGUACUUUCUCUGGAAAAAAGAAAACAGCAGUUACACACAGCUAUGGAAGAACGAAUCGAAGAAAUUAAGGUUCACAAAACAAUGCUUGCAUCACAAAUAAGAUAUGUUGAUCAAGAACGGCAGAACAUAAGUGCUGAGUUUCAUGAGAGGCUAAGUAAAAUUGAUAAGCUGAAGAACAGAUACGAAAUUCUUACUGUUGUUAUGCUGCCUCCUGAAGGAGAAGAGGAGAAAACACAGGCCUAUUAUGUGAUAAAGGCCGCUCAAGAAAAAGAAGAACUUCAAAGGGAAGGUGACAGUUUGGAUGCUAAGAUCAACAAAGCUGAAAAAGAAAUCUAUGCUUUAGAAAACACCUUGCAAGUGCUGAGAAAUUGCAACAACAAUUACAAACAAUCUUUUAAAAAAGUCACUCCAUCCAGUGAUGAGUAUGAACAAAAAAUCCAACUAGAAGAACAAAAAAGAGCUAUUGAUGAAAAAUACAGAUACAAACAAAGACAAAUCAGGGAACUACAGGAAGAUAUCCAGAGCAUGGAAAAUACUUUAGAAGUUAUAGAACAUUUAACAAAUAGUGUCAAAGAAAAAUUAUCAGAGAAGCAGACUUAUUCAUCUCAACUAAAUAGAGAAACUGAGGAACAGAAGCCAAAAUUAGAGAGAGUAACUAAACAGUGUGCAAAACUCACCAAGGAAAUCCGACUUCUGAAAGACACAAAAGAUGAAACACUAGAAGAACAAGACAUCAGACUUCGUGAAGUAAAACAUUUCCACAAGAUCAUUGAUCAAAUGCUAGUUGAUGUCAUGGAAGAAAAUGCUGAGAUCCGUAUUAUCCUUCAAACAUACUUUCAACAGAAUGGUUUAGAACUACCUACAGCUGGUCCAAAAGGCAGUCGCCAGAGUUCUAGAUCUCCUUCACAGACUUCACUGUUAUCAACAAGGUCAUCGAGAAGUACCACAAGUACUGCCUCUCAGACUUCAAUUAAAGUAGUAGAGCUGAACUUCCCUGCCUCCUCUUCAGUGAUUGACAACAUUUCUAGGCCACCAAGUACAACCAGUAGCUCCAAUAAUGAUAAAAACAAAAAGGGCAGCAAAUAAACAUUUCAACUUCUUUUGUAUAAGUUGUAAACACAAAAGCAAAAAUCUCACUUUUAAGAUAGUGAAUUCCACCCUGCACUUUUGGGUGCUGUGGAGUGAUGAG